AUGGCCAUGAACAGAGCUUUCCUUGGGCUGCUACAGCUGCUGCUCCUGCUCCUGCCGCCUUCCCUCCGCGAUUACUUGUGGGCGGCACCGAGUGAGAAUGGAGUGGGUCAGCAGCUCAAGGUCUACCACCCCAUAAUUUUGCAAGCCGGCUUCAGCUGCCCCAGCAUCGAGGCGCGGCUCACCGACGCCUACAAUCCAUCGCUACCCCGCUGCGGCGCGCUCAAGGGGAAGGGGUGGUUCCCGCUAUGGAACAACAUACCGGAGCUGAUCGACAAUGACUAUGUGCCGUGCUUCGAGGAGCAGAUGAGCCUUGUCUUCGACCCUGUCAUCAACGACUACGUGAACCAGCCUGGCGUCGAGACUCGUGUAGCAAACUUCGGCUCCGUGUAUGGAUUCACGCCCAAGGACGAGAGCUGCCCAUUUUGCUGUAACAUAAAGCUCCGCAAUGAACUGGAAGCACUUGGAUAUCGAGAUGGAGAUACCCUUUUCGGAGCUCCUUAUGACAUAAGACAUGCUCCACCACGUCCUGGCCAGUCUUCCAAGGUGUACACGGACUAUUUUUCUCGUGUCAAGGGUCUGGUUGAGAACGCAAGUGAGAAGAAUGGGAACAAGCCGGUUAUCUUAAUUGGGCAUAGCUUUGGCGGAAGGCUCAUGCUUGACUUCCUCAAUUCUACUCCACUUCCAUGGAGGAAACAAUUCAUCAAGCACUUAGUUCUACUCUCGCCAACACCUCCUAUAGGAUUCAUUCAGCCUCUCACAAACCUCGCCUGGGGACCAACCUGCAUUGUUAUGGAGAACGUUUCACGCCUUGCUUUACGGCCGAUGUGGAGGUCAUUCGCAAGUUCCCUUCUAUCUCUACCAUCCCCAACGGUGUUUGGCGACGAGCCACUCAUAAUAACCAAACAAAAGAACUACUCUGCAUAUGACUGUCAAGAUUUUCUUCCGGUACUCGGCUUCAGUUUGAAAGGAAUGUUACCCUUUAAUGAAUGGGUGGAUAAGAGAGUUGAGGCGCCAAUGGUGCCAACGACAUACCUCAAUGGUUUUGGGGUUGAAACGACGAAGCAGGUGGUAAUCUGGGAUGAUAACUUCGAUGUCGAGCCAGAAAAUGUGUAUGGCGAUGGAGAUGGGGUUGUCAAUUGGAAUAGUGUGUUGGCAUUCGCCAAGGAACUCAAAAGGCAGCAUUUGUCACAGAACAUACUCUUUAAAUUCAUCAAGAUUCCUAAUGUUGCACACAGUUAUAUUUCUAUUCAAGAGGAUUCAUUCAGGAUUGUUAUGGCUGCAAUUUUAGAAGCCAAUUCUUGA